AUGGAAAUUAAUGAACGUCCGCAAGGAAAAGAUAAGAAAACACCGAAAAAUGACAAUGCUGCGAUCGUUCAAAGUCGAAUUAGUUUCCUUGGUGAAAUUCUUCAUAAUGCUCAAAAAAACUAUCUCAACCAAUAUUUGAUGCAAAAAAAGGCGCCAUUAGAAAACGGAAUGUAUUUCGGUUAUUUGUUAGAGUUCAGCCGGUUGCUGGUAACGAUUUUAAUAUUCCUCGGCAUUAUUCUGGUUCGACUGAAUGCCGUUGAGCUUUUCUCAACGGAUAAUAUGACUGAAAUUCUCGACGAGGUUAACUGGAUUGUUGGCUCCUAUUGUGCGGUUUGCCUUCUAAUUAUCACAACAUGCCUAACAAAUACGAUCAUCUUCUGCUCGCAAGUCCCAUCGAAAAUCGCCGUCUCAUUCGGAAUCAACUUCUCAUUAUCGAUUCUAUUGAUAAUGCUCUCGGUGCCAAUGGCAACGUAUUGGUGCGACGAUGAAAAUAUUAUCAAGUUUGCGAUCGCGCGAAACAUGCAAAACGGCAAUGAGAUCAAAUAUCUUGAGAUGCUCUCGACGAUGUUUUACUGCUGCGGAUUCCAUGCGCCCGAAGACUAUAUAAUUGAGAAUAUGACGACGUAUCAGAAUCCCAUCACCGGCGAAAAGAGCGUUGUGAUGAAUUCUGGAGUGUUCAUGAAUCCCGGUUUUCAUGUGCUUCCAAUUUUUUGUUGCAACGUCGUCAACGAUAAAAGCUGCAAAUUCGCGUUGCACAAUGGACCGAAUGCGGAAGUUGUGGCCGAAGCGAUCGCCGAGCGAAAUUAUGACAGAAUUCGAGGCUUUCAAGUCCUUCCAUCAAAAGAGAAAUACUGGAAUGUGGGAUGUGUCGAUAAGCUGACAUCAAAACUUGGCUCCCAGGUGUUCAUUCUGCUCAUCUUGAUCGCGAUCUUCAUGUUCCUAACCGCCGUCGUCACCGGCUUCGUCAUCCUCUUGCUCCUUUAUCAUGACUCGCUUGGCGAAAUCAUCGCCAAUUAUAAGGUGUUUGGUGUCGAUCGGUGCACUGGCGUCUACCUGCUCCAAUGGCUUGAUAGGAAGAACCAAGAAGAUUCUGAAAUUGAGGACUUUAGUAUGAUCGAGUUCCUGAAAAACACCGAUAUUGAUGAGAUGCUCGAGGAGCCGAAGCCCCGACGAAAAUUUUGA